UCUGCAUUUCUUCUAAAGUCAUUCUUCCAAAAAAUAUAGGUAUAUAUGACAUGCUUGAAGGUUUCUUCAAUAAUGUAGAGGCCUUUAUGAAAGGCAAAGAAAACGUGACAAUCCUAUAUGGGGAAGUGGGAUCGUUCGCAUGGCUGACCUUUUUUGUCUCUGCAAAUGUGUUCCUUGAUGUAGAUGACAUGAGCUUUGCUGUGAAAGUGUGGAUCAUGACCGCACAAAUUGAUGUUGCUUUACACAUCAUUCAAAAGGCGUUCAAUAUGCAAGCAAUCCAUGGUGCCAUCUCUUUUGCGCUGCAGUCAAGGGACAUUGAAGGUUUCCAGGAAUACCUUCAGGCUAUCCACCCUUCUGAUGAAGAAGGAAACGGUUUCAUUAAAGAGUUCUGGGAACAAAGCUUUGACUGUUUCAUUCCACCAUACGGUGAUCCAACAGGAUUCCUCGGACCCUGCACCAGGGAGGAGAAACUAGAGAGCCUUCCGGCUCCCUUUUUUGAAAUGAGAAUGACUGGCCACAGCUACAGCAUCUAUAACGCUGUGUAUGCUCUUGCGCAUGCCUUCCAUAUCAUGGCUUCAUCUAAACUAAGACUUCAUGCCAGAGCAAAGGAAAAUCCAAGCAUAUUGGCCCCUCACCUGCAGAUUUGGAAGGUAAUAGCUUACUGAAAAAAAUCUGUUAUCAAAACCAAUGUUCCAUAUGUAGUGGUAAUUAAUUUAUUUGCUUCCAAAGUU